CGGGGCGAGGAAGCGGUGGCCGUACGGGUCGCUGAGGCUGCCGCCGCACCUCAACCCCUCCUGCUUCUGUCCAUCUGUCCUUCUGUCCGUCUGCCGCCCUGCCAUGGCUGCGCGGAUCCCCGCGCUCCGGAUCCUACUGCUGCUGCUUCUGCUGCUCCCGCCGCCUCCAGCCCACAGUGAGGUGUGUGUGGCUUCCCAUGGACACAACUUCUUCCCAGAGUCCUGUCCUGAUUUCUGCUGCGGCAACUGUUACAACCAAUACUGCUGCUCCGACGAGCUGAAGAAAUUUGUGGGGAACGAGGAUAGCUGCGCAGAGCCCAAGGCCAGUGUGUCUGCCGGUACCGAGCCCCUGGAGCAGCUGGGCUCGGCGCUGAGGUUCCGUUCCAGCUUGGACAGCGACCCCAUGUCAGGGUUUGGGGCAACGGUAGCCAUCGGCCUGACCAUCUUCGUGCUCACUGUUGUCACCGUCAUCAUCUGCUUCACCUGUUCCUGCUGCUCUCUCUAUAAGAUGUGCCGCCGGCCCCCGCGUCCGGUGGUCACCACCACCACGGCCACAACGGUGGUGCACACCCCUUACCCUCAGCCUCCGAGUGUGCCCCCCAGCUACCCAGGACCGACGUACCAGGGCUACCACCCCAUGCCCCCACAGCCAGGGAUGCCAGCAGCACCUUACCCGACACAGUACCCCCCGCCUUACCCUGCCCAGCCUAUGGGCCCCCCAGCAUACCACGAGACACUGGCUGGAGGUGCGGCCAUGCCCUACCCUGCCAGCCAGCCUCCUUACAACCCGGCCUACAUGGACCCACCGAAGGCAGUUCCCUGAACAUGUCCUUGCUUCUCUGGCUGCCCCUUGGGGCGUGUGUGUGUGUGUGUGUGAGAGAGAGAGAGAGAGAGAGAGAGAGGGAGAGAGAAAGAGAGAGAGAGAGAAGGUGGGUAUGGAGGCAUGGUCUUUUUCUCCCCACGCAUGGUGUUUGUGUCCGGUUUGUACACGAGGCUUCUUGUGACGCCGACAUGGUGGGGAGCAGUCCUUGCCAGAGUUGCUGGGACCCUACUUCAUUCUCUUCCUCACUUGAAAUUGUGCUCUUUUGAAAUCUCAAAAUUCAAAGACUGGGAGUUCCUUCCCAUACUGUCCCAGGGAGACCAGGCCGGCGGGGCUUGCCAUGCCAGGACAGUGAGGCUUUUUGUGGGCAACGUGCCCAUGUGUUCUGGUUUUGGCGGAGUGACAAGCCAUUGCUCAAGGCCAUGGCCUGUCCCCAGGGUGUGGGGUACUCUUCGAGGAACCAGAGCCAUCAUGGCAUGGGGGUGAGGCUUGGGGCCUGGCUAAGCAGACAUCCUACAGUGCCAGAGCCUGUGCCAUGCCCAGCAGAGGGUGGACAGCCUCCUGAGACCGAAACACUUGAGGCAGAGGCUCAGCCACCCGAGCGCGGUCUGCCUGGACUGUCCUCCAUCCUCCCUGGGACCAGCUGGAGGGCCACGUCCACCCACGGCUCUGGCUGCCCUGGCUGCCCUGGCUGGCCACCCCCACCACAGGGCGGCAGGGCAGCCUCUGUCCACCUGCACACUCAGGUGUCCUCCCUGCAGUGUUUUUGUUUUCCUUUUAGCCAAACAUUUUGCCUGUUUCCUGUUUCAAAAUGUAUGUGAUCGUUUUUGUGAGGCUGGACCUCCUGGGUCCUGGAAGGAAAUUGGCCCACAGUGGAGAGGGACCGUCAGGCCUCUGAUAGGCCCUGCUUCUCCCGACACCAGCUUCACAGAAUAGCCAGCUCCUGUACCCCAGUCCACAGUGUGUCCUGGCACCUAGGGCACCUGGGCCAAGGGGCCAUCUGGACCAAAGGUGGAAGGGGGCCCUAGGUGGCUGCUCUGGCCCAGACAUGAAUACCUCGGUGUUCCCUGUCCCUCUGUUAAUAUCUCACCAGAUCUGUCUUAGCUUUGUACCUGUUGAUGUGUUUCUGAGAGUCUAGGGUCUGCAACUUUGUUUAUAAUAAAUGCAAACAUUUGAG